AUGCCACCUUCCUGGGCAUCAUCUCCCUGGACCAAUCAGAGCCGCUCACGUGAGCUGGAGUUCGUGCUGCUGGGCUUCUCACACGUGCCCUCCCUGCGCCCAAUGCUUGCAGUGCUCUUCCUGGCCGCCUUCCUGCUCACGUUGCUAGGCAACACGCUCAUCUUCAUUCUCACCAGCCUGGACCCAGGCCUGCGUGCACCUAUGUACUUCUUCCUGCGCCAGCUGGCGCUGGUGGAGAUCUGCUUCUCACUGGACGUUUCUCCCCGUCUGCUGGUGACCCUGCUGCGGCCUGGACGAGGGGUGUCCCCAACCAGCUGUGCCCUACAGCUGCUUCUCGUGUUGUCCUGUGUCACAUCCGAGUGUUUGCUCCUCACAGUCAUGGCCUGGGACCGCUUCCUGGCCAUUUGUAGCCCUCUGCGAUAUGGCGCCAUCAUGAGCUUCAAGCUAUGCCACCUGCUUGCCGCCACCUGCUGGCUUGCAGGGGCCCCAGUGUCAAUGGUCUUCACCAUCUGGCUUUUUAACUUCCCCUUCUGUGGGCCAAGAGGCAUCAGGCACUACUUAUGUGACAUAGCACCUCUGCUCAGCUUGGUGUGUGCAGACACCAGAGUCUUCGAGGCCAGUGUGUUUGUGGCCACAGUGUUAAUUAUGAUCGUUCCUGUCUGUCUCAUAGUCAUGUCCUAUACCAGGAUUCUGGCUGCUGUCCUUCGGAUGCCAUCAGCCUCUGGGCGCCACAAGGCCCUGUCCACCUGUGCCUCCCACCUCAUCGUGGUGAUUCUGUUUUACGGCACAACUGGGGUCAUCCAUUUGCGCCCCAAAACCAGCUACUCUCCUGAGAGCAAGCAAGUGGUGUCCCUGUCAUACACCAUUGUGACCCCCAUGCUCAACCCUCUCAUCUACAGCCUGAGGAACAAGGAAGUCAAAGCUGCCUUUGGGCGUGUCUUCAUUCAGAGACGAGGAACCUUUGUCCCCUGACCUCUAUAGACUUCAUUUACCCUGUCCUUUGGGGAUCAUCUCUGCCCUAGUGGACUUGAGGACCUCGAUGCAUAAACCCUUUCUGAAAGAUUUAUUGUCAGGAUUGCCCCUGCUAGUAAAUGUGAAUGAUGUUACAACUAUCUAAUAGCCCCUUGAACACCACCUAAAUUUCAACUUGGUCCAUGUAUUGAGUAGGUAGCAUCCUAUUUCUCCACUGCAAUAGAAACUGGACUGGAGUUCAAAAGCAUGGUGAUGGCAUCUUUCCUGGGCAAGUAGAAUUGCCCAAUGCAGCAAAGAAAAUCACAUUUUAGCAAAGAAAAAAAAACAGUUAAAAAUUUAAUCUCCUAUAAAUCAACUGAUUUAGUGUAUGUUGUGAUUUGAGUAUGAAAUAGGCCCCACAUGCUCACGUGUUUAAACACUUGGGUCCCCAAUGGCGGUGCUGUUUAGAAGUAGUGGAACCUAUAGGAAGUGGAGCCUGGGGAAAGGAAGUGAACCUCGAUGUGACAUAGCCAGACCCCACUUCCUGCUUGCUUCUUGAAUGCUGAUGCAAUGUUUCAUAAUCCUGCACCGUGCUUAUCUGGCCACAGGGACCUGAAUCUCAAA